CCUAGCAUGAUUUUUACUUGUCCACCCGUACUUUGGGCCCCUAACGAUAUGUAUCGUCGUCGUUCAUGAAAUCCAAAACCAUGCUUGAUCUCCUCCAUUAAAAUACGUACUAGUAGUAUAUAUCGCAUCUUGUCUCUAGUAAAGUUUUUUUGAAGUACGAACGGUGAAUCUCAAAUGGCUCCCACUACAAGGAGUGCGCUGAAUCGCUCUAAAGAUGAGAAAUCUUCUAGCACUAGAAGAGGGAAGAAGUGUUACUCCGCUGAUAUGGAGAAGCAUAACUACGGAGGUCUGAAAUACAAUCCAGCUUGGGAGAAAUUUAAAACUACUGCAAAGGAGAUUCAUAAAAGUGACCCAGACAUGUGUAGAUCAUUUCGUAAAAUGUUCGAUCAGUUUCACAGCUACAAAAAGUGGAGUAAUGGUGACUCGUUCGUGAAAGCGGUGAGUGAGAGUUUUCCAGAAUAUCCACAAUUUGUUGAGGCAUUAUCUGAGCUGUUGAAAGCUAAUCCAAUGUUGAUACCAAAUACUUCUCCACGGUCUGCAGGCUUCUAGCUUAAUAGUUGGUGUUUGUUUCCCCUUACCCCUACCGGAAUAUAUUUGUUUGCAGUUUUUACUUGAACAUUACUAAAUUAGAGUCGAUUUCCGAAAUGGUGAACACUUUUAAAUAUUGACAAAAACGUGGGUAAUAAAGUCAGAUAUUUGUUAAUGUUACCAAUAAAUAAGUUACUUUCCGAAUAAGUCAAUUUCCGAAUUUCACUUUUAAAUAAUGAA